UAUGGCCAAGUGCUGCGGCGUCGGGGCUGCCUUUCGCGAAGCGAUAAGGGGCAACGACGCCAAUAAUGCCCAGCAGCGCUCGCAUCAGCGUGAGAAAUCCUAUCGGCCGCUGCAGUACCAGCAGCAGCUGCAGGAGCAGCCCUACUACGAGCCGGCGAGCUUUUACAGUCCGGGUGGAACUCGGAUUCUUAAAUGGCCCACGACGCCUCGCGAUCAGAGACGCAAGCUCAGCCUGCGAUACGACGCCGUGAGACCGGUUAGAUUUUGCGACCAUAGCGAGCCCUUAACGCCGCAUCGCCAUCUGCCGGGCAGCUUGCGCAGCUCGCUGCAGCUUACGCACUUGUGUCAGCAGCAACAGCGGCAGCGGGAGCAGCAGAAUCUACCCCAUCAGAACAACUGCAGACAUGAACAGGUGGACUCGUGCUGCUGUCAGGCGCCUGCUGUACCACCCCCGACGAGCAACAACAACUGCGCCAGUCAAGCCCUGCCUCUGCGGCUCGAUCAGCCGGUGACGAAUUCAAACAGCGGUAUGGACAACAAAAAGCUAGCAACAGACACGGCUGAGUUCUGA